AGCCGGUUAAUUCGGCCAAAAAUCAAUCAGCCGGCUGCCAUUUUCCAACACUCCCACCAUUUUCUUUAUAAACACCUUUGCUUGUAGACUUUGUCAUGUUUAAUUAUCCUCAAAUAACUACUUAGAUCAAUAUUAGUCCUAAUCCAAGAUUUGGUAGUGCCAUUUCUUGGUUAAUAGUAUCAUAUCAUAUCAUAUCAUGGUGAAGUUGGGUCAGCAGAAACCGGGUAACGCCUCAAUUCCGGUGAAUAAUCCCGGGACUAAGGUAAAACGCACUAGGAAAACCAUCCCUCGAGACUCCCCACCCAAGCGCAGCUCGGUUUAUCGUGGCGUUACAAGGCACCGAUGGACUGGUCGGUUUGAAGCACAUUUGUGGGACAAGAACUGCUGGAAUGAGGCACAGAACAAGAAAGGCAGACAAGUGUAUCUUGGUGCUUAUGAUGAUGAAGAAGCAGCUGCACAUGCCUAUGACUUGGCUGCUCUCAAGUAUUGGGGUCAAGACACUAUCCUCAAUUUUCCGUUGUCUACUUAUCAGAAUGAGAUUUUGGGCAUGGAUGGGCAGUCUAGAGAAGAAUAUAUUGGAUCAUUGAGAAGAAAAAGCAGUGGAUUUUCGAGGGGAGUAUCUAAAUAUAGAGGCGUGGCAAGACAUCAUCACAAUGGAAGAUGGGAAGCUCGAAUUGGGAGGGUUUUUGGGAACAAAUACCUUUAUCUUGGAACAUAUGCUACACAAGAAGAGGCCGCCAUCGCAUACGACAUGGCAGCCAUCGAGUACCGCGGCCUCAACGCUGUCACAAAUUUUGAUCUUAGCCGUUACAUAAAAUGGCUCAGACCUAACAAUAACAAUAACAACAACGACACAAGCUCAGACCAAAGCUUAAACCUUGAGUACUCAGGAGGCGCCCUAACCUCCCCACAACUCCUCCAACCGGCCUCAGACGCCACGUCAUCCCAGCCACAUCAUCCCACCACCGCCACCUCAGCCCUCGGUCUCCUGCUUCAGUCUUCAAAAUUCAAGGAGAUGAUGGAAAUGACACUGGCUGCAGAGUACCCUUCCACUCCUACACUAAGUGAUCCUGAUCCACCACAGUGCACCAUUCCGGACGACAUAAAAACGUAUUUCGAAUCGAACGAUUUUAGUGAGUAUAACGAGCAAGGAGAUGAUAUAUUCGGGGAGCUCUUCAUGCAGCCUAUGGUGCAGUUUGAUUCAAUGCUCAAUGCUGAAGAUUUGGUGUUAUAAAUUCAUAUUCUUUUCAAAUAGUCGCAGGUUUCUCAGAGUCAAGAGUGACAGAUUCUAAUAGAUAUGCUCAAAGCUAAUAUUUAAUUCUUUGAAUCAUCAUUUUUUUCGUACAUACAAAUGCAAUAAAUCUGAGAAAUUGGCUAGACAAGGACAAGUAUUUUUUGUAAUUCGUUUACACUAUUUAUUACUAAUGCAUUUCCUUUGAUACUUUGAUAA